UCUUUUUUAAUUUUAAAAUGGUAAGUCAAGUAUUUUGUUUCCUUGCCAUAAACAGGUUAAUGCUUUCACUAAACCUUGAAUUGCCUGAAUCUCAUUGAUUUAGUUGUGGUUUAGAAAAAUAGUUUUUUGAGGUUGGUUAAUAUGAUGUAGAAAUAUAGUUUUGCUAUUUAUACAUCAGUUAUGAUGUAUAAAUAUAGUUUUUUGGUGCCAGUUAUGAUGUAUAAAUAUUGUUUUGAAAUGCCAGUUAUAAUGCAUAAAAUUGUUUUAAUUUUAGAUUAAUUAAUUAUUGAUUCUUAUUUGGUUUCUCAGUCAUGAUAAAUAAUCAACAGUGCUCUAUUGGAAUAAAUCUAGAAAGUGAAUGUCAUCUCACAACAUAUACACCGUUGUUUGGAAUCGAAUAUUUUGAAGAUAUUCCUGAUUAUGAAAGAGAAAUAUUAAUGUGGAGGACUGGGCUAUCAAUAAUCAAUGUUAAAUCAACAACUUGCCUCCAUCAUAAACAUGUUUAUUUGAAGCGUUAUGCAACUAAACUAACACGUUGCUGCAACCCAUUUAAUAUCCAUAACAAAGUUAAAAAAGGCAGUCUUCGUGAAAUCAACUUGGAUACAGCAAAAUCUCUAUGCAGUAAAGGCAAAUUUGUAGUACCAGGUGAAAAGCUUUGUCCACAAUGCAGACAUAAAUUAGCAUCAAGUGAACAACCAGAAGAAAUUGAAUUAGAGGAAAAAUUCAUUGAAGAUGAUAUGGAGAAAGAAAUUAUGCUAGAAUCAGCAAGAUCAUUGCUCAACAAUACCUUAUGUGAACUUGAAGUGUCUCCUCUAAAAGUUUUAAAUUUACCUAAAACCUCUAACAAGUCUUCACUUGGAAAGAGAAAGAUAAAGCAAGUUGAAGAAGCAGUCAUUAAAAAACUUGCAACUGCUCUAGAUGUCGCUGAAUGCGAUCUUGCUGCACCAAACAACAUUGAAGUUUUAAAGGAGAUUCAAACCAAAGCUGGCGAUCUAGACUUCCUUGUUGAAUGCAUGAAAGAAAAACUUAAAGUUUCUAACAGAAGGCAGCAACUUCAAAUUUUGACAUUGACCCCAAAAUCUUGGUCUAUCAGAAAAGCAGCAAAAGAGUUUUCAGUUUCGAAGCACAAAAUUCAAAAUGCCAAGUUUUUACGUGACCAAAAAGGCAUCAUAGCAUACCCUGAUAUGGUUGAACGGCAUCGAAUCAGCAAAGAUGUUAUAGAACUUGUAAAACUUUUUUACUGUGAUGAUGAGUAUUCAAGGCAAAUGCCAGGUAAAAAAGACUAUGUAAGUAUUGGAAAAAAAAAACACAUGUCAAAAAAAUUGAUUUUGUGUAACUUAAAAGAGCUCUAUGCAGCAUAUAAGAUAAAGUACCCUGAGCAUAAAAUUGGAUUCUCCAAAUUUUGCAGUCUUCGGCCUAAAUGGUGCAUCCUUGCUGGUCCAAAAGGUACACAUUCUGUUUGUGUGUGUACAAUACAUCAAAAUGUUAAAUUGAUGUUAAGUGCUGUAGGCCUAGAAAUGUCUUACCAUGAAAUCAUUGAAAUGAUUGUAUGCAGCAGAAAAUCAAAAGUUUGCAUGAUUCACCGAUGCAAUAGUUGUCCUGGCAUACAAGCUGCCCAAAAUUUUUUACAACAGUAUCUUACACAAAAUGAUGACCCAGAAGAGCAAUAUGACAGUGAUGAAAAUGAACAGUCCGUGGAUUUCAAACAGUGGGCAACAACAGAUAGAACUGAACUAUUAGCAAUAAACCUACCAUUAAAUGAAUUUAUAGAUCUGCUGUGUGAAAAGCUUGAUAAAAUUACUUGUCAUUCAUUUAUUGCAAAAUCACAAUCUAGCUAUCUCAAGCAUCUCAAGGAAACACUUAGUAUUGAUGAGGCAAUUGUCCUGGUAGAUUUUGCAGAGAAUUACACUUUUGUAGUACAAGACGAGGUACAGAGUUACCAUUGGAGCAAGAGUCAGUGUUCUCUACAUCCAGUUGUCAUCUAUUACAAGAAAAUGAAGUUGGAAACAUCAUCUUUUUGCAUAAUUUCAGAUGAUUUGAAUCAUGAUGUUGGAUUUAUUAAUGAAGUUAUGCAUAAAACCAUAAAUCAUAUAAAAGCUAAUAUUUGUCCCACAAUUACAAAAAUUCAUUAUUUUUCUGAUGGUUGUGUAGGGCAGUAUAAGAACUGCAAACAUUUUUACAAUUUAUGUCACCACUCUAAAGAUUUUUCUCUUAGUUGCAUCUGGAAUUUCUUUGCAACAAGCCAUGGUAAAUCUCCAUGCGAUGGAAUAGGUGGCACUGUAAAAAGGCUUGUUGCCACUGCUAGCUUGCAGAGUCCAAACACAGGUCAAAUACUGUCCGCUCAAGCAAUGUUUGAAUACUGUCAAAAGUCAAUCAGUGGAAUUAUGUUUAUGUACAUCACUGCUGAAGAAAUGGAGUUUGCACGAAACAAACUUACUGAUAGACUUUUAACAGCAACCACUGUUCCUGGGACAAGAAGUUUUCAUCAAUUUGUACCUUCUUCUCUUUCAAAUAUAAAGAUGAAAAGGGUGUCUGAUGAUGCUGAUUUUGCUCUAACAUUUGACUUUCUUAAAAAACAAAAAUUUGAAACUAUUAAGAUUGAUUAUGUUAUGAUAUCACAAUACCUGUUUUGCAAAUAUGACGAAUUUUACUGGCUUGGUAUGGUUUCUGAAAUUGAUAAAGAGAAUGAUGAUUUUUUAGUAAAGUUCAUGCAUCCACAUUAUCCAAGUCGGUCGUACUACUGGCCGUAUCUCAUAAAAAAAUAAUUACAUGACCGGAGCUAGAAGAAGACAAAUUUAGCCUUAUCACCAUGCCCCAAAUUCAUUAGUUAAACAAAUUAUUUCUAAAAUUAUAAAAACUUCAAUUUUUGUAACAUUUGCUUAUUUCUUUUCAUUGUUCUUGUUGAGUUCCUUUUUCCCAACAAAGGAGAUAUUUUACUCCUUUACAAAAACAUUUUUUUUUGUAAAGGAGUAUGAAGCACAUUUGAAAAUGCAGCAUAAAAUUUUCAAAAUUAUUUUAAAUCAAUACUUAAUUAUUAGACAUGCUGGUUAAAUUACUAUAAAUGAUAAAUAAAGAAAUUAUAUUUUCAAUGUACUGUAAUGCAAAUUAUAUUAUCAUAAAUACUUUAAAAGAUAUUGAAUAUACAUAUGCAAGUUAUAAAAAAAAAAUUUUUUUUUUCUUUCAGAAACCAAAAAUCAGCUCCAAAAAUGAGUAAAACAUAACCCAUGCUAAUGAAAUAAAUAAUUUGACUGGCAACAUUUUAAAAUUAUUAUUAAACAAUUAGAAUUGGGUUAUUUUCUCUUUAUCUUUAGAUUCAGCACCUUCAAAAAUGGUCAGUUAUCAAAUUUCAGUCAUAUUCCUCCACUAUAACUUAAAUUACUCACACAAAGAGUCCAAAAAAGGAAUUUUUUUUGCCUAAAUUUCAAAAUGAUAUAGUUUUAUUAUGCUUAAAGAGACCAAAACCAUCUUUUUUAUUAAGAUAGCCUAAGAUGUCCUCUUUCAUUUGAAAAAAAAAUUGAAUCCAUGAGACUUGGGCAACUCCAGGAGAUAGUAAAAGCGCAACCCAUGGUAAUAGGACAAAAAAAUUGACUGGCCAUUUUAAAAUCAAAAAAUAAACAUCAAAAAUUUUAAAUUUCACAAUUAUCUCCACAUUUUUGAAUUCAGUAAUCUCAAAAAUGGCUGGGUAUCAAUUUUUAGUCAUACUCUUUUACUAGAACUUAAAUUAUUUAUUAAAAAGCACAACAACAAAAACCAUAAUGGCGGACUUGGUUAAAAAAAGGAUGUUUUAGGCUAAAUUUCAA